AUGGCGACCGGAAGUCAGCGCCGCGAGUACAAGUUCGACGGUCGCGUCAUCUACGAGUGGGAGCAGUCGAUGGAAGAAGUGAAUGUCUACGUCCGCCCCCCAACAGGUGUGACAGCCUCUCAGAUCCAGUGUGAGAUUCGCGCCAACCACGUGACUUUGGGGCUCUGUGGCGCCUCGCACAAGUUUCUCAAUCACGACCUCGCAAGCGCUGUGGUCGUUGCAGAGAGCUAUUGGAUGCUGGACGCGGGAGAGCUGAACAUUAACCUCCAGAAAAUGAAAAAGGGCUACAUCUGGCCGAGCGUCUUUGCUGGCCAUGGAGAGUUGGAUCCGAUGCAGCAGGAAACUACGAAACGAAACAUGAUGCUCGAGCGUUUCCAGGAAGAGAACCCGGGCUUUGACUUCUCAAACGCCGCGUUCAGUGGUGCUGCACCAGACCCGAGAACGUUCAUGGGUGGUGUCAAGUACACUUGA